GUAAUAAAUAUAAUUAGAAUAGAAUUAUCAAGAUUUGAACCCAAUCAAAAUUGAAAUAUCAAAAUCAAACUGUAAUUUAAAUAGUAAAAAAAUUAAACCAGAAUUAUAUUAAAUUUGGAUUUGAUUUUUGUUUCUAGACAAACCCCAAAUCAAAACUGGAAUUGUAUGCCCUUAUGAACUUAUGGAAGCUGGCGAUAUAUAUAGACUAUGAUACUCUUUUUUUCCAAUCAUUAUCUCUAAUCUCUUCCAUAAGAAAGAUGAAUUUCUCAGUUUCCAAACAUCAAGUUACCUUCUUCCUCCUAUUCCAUUUGCAUUGUCUAUUAAUAAUAUCAUCAUCCUCUACUACAGCAUGCCUUGAAGAUGACAGCAUCUCUCUACUCCAACUGAAAAAUGAUUUUUCAUGUGUUGAGUCUGCUUCGAUAGACUAUAAACCUCCUCAUCCCAGGAUGGUUUCUUGGGAUGUCGGAUCAGAUUGCUGCUCAUGGGAUGGAGUCACAUGUGAUGGUGUCACAGGCGAAGUUAUUGGUCUUGAUCUUAGUUGCAGUGGUCUUAGAGGCAGCUUAACUUCUAACAGCAACCUCUUUAAUCUUUCACACCUCCAGAGGCUAAAUAUCGCUUUCAAUCACUUCAAUCUCUCCAAUAUUCCACCUGAGUUUGGUAGGUUUGCAAAUUUGACACAUCUCAACCUCUCUGCUACAUGGUUUUCUGGUCCUGUUCCAUCUGAAAUUUCUUACUUGUCCAAGUUGGUCUCACUUGAUCUGUCCAUCAAUGAACCCUUGAGACUUGAAACGCCAACUAUGCAAAUGAUCGUUCAAAACCUCACUCAAGUAAGAGAAGUUUUUCUGGAUUAUAUAAACAUGUCCUUUGUUACUCUCAAUACUUUGGUGAAUCUUUCUUCUUCUGUCACAACUCUCAGUCUUGUUUAUUGUGGAUUGCGAGGAGAAUUUCCAGAAACCAUUUUCUACCUACCAAAGCUUCAGUUCCUAAACUUAAUGUUAAAUGAUGAUCUAUAUGGUUAUUUGCCAAAGUCCGAUUGGAGUGGUCCUCUUGAGUUGCUGGUUCUCAGCUUCACAAGUUUCUCAGGAGAAUUACCUGAUUCGAUUGGCAAUCUUAAAUCUCUGAUGGUGUUGGAACUUGGUAGCUGCCAUUUCAGUGGGUCAAUUCCAGCCUCUCUUGGAAGCCUUAAACAACUUACAAGACUAGAUCUUUCAUACACCAAUUGGACAGGAAUGAUCCCGGAUGUUUUUGAAAAUCUGAGCAACUUGGAAUAUGUCUCUGCUUCAAGCAGUAAUUUCAGUGGUAUGCUGCCAUCGUCUAUCUUUAAUCUCUCAAAACUUUACUGGCUGGACUUGUCACAGAAUCAACUUAAGGGUAGCCUUCCUAAUCAAAUAUGUGGCCUUUCCAAUCUAAUUAGGCUUGACUUGUCUUAUAACUUAUUCAGUGGCACAAUACCAUCUUGUUUGUAUGGUCUUCCAUCAUUGCUGUGGUUCUCGCUUAGUUUUAACAUAACAGCUUGCAAUAAUAUAUAUGGUUCAAUUCCACCAUCAGUAUUUGAAUUGGAGAACCUGCAAAAUCUCCAUCUUCCUUCAAAUAAUUUGAGUGGCAUCGUGGACUUGAACAUGUUCUCCAAGCUGAAAAAUCUUCGGGGUCUUGAUCUUUCAAAUAACCACCUAUCAGUCAUCACUAGCAAGACCAGCAACACAACUUGGCCACAAUUUUACAGAUUAGGAUUGGCAUCUUGCAACAUUAGAGAGUUACCUGGAUUCUUGAAAACCCAAAAUCAGUUGGGAUUUCUGUCACUGCCCCACAACAGAAUUCACGGUGAAGUGCCCAAAUGGCUAAUGGGCGUGGGAAUGCAAUACCUAGACCUUUCUUACAACUUCUUGACAAAAGUAAGUGAACUUUCAAGCAACUUACAAUAUCUAGACCUUAGUUUCAAUGUACUUCAUCAACCUCUUCCGCUUCCACCUCCUUCCAUGUACAUGCUUUUAAUCUCAAGCAACAAAUUGACUAGAGAAAUCUCACCCUUGAUCUGCAACGUAACAAACUUUCAAAUUAUUGACUUGUCCAACAAUAGCUUGAGUGGCAUGAUUCCACAGUGUUUGGGAAACUUCAGUAGUGAAUUGUCAGUGUUAAAUCUGGGGAUGAACAGAUUGCGUGGCAGCAUUCCAGGAAUAUUUACACAGGGCAAUAAAUUAAGGAAUCUUAACUUGAAUGGCAAUCAGUUGGAAGGACCAUUACCUCGAUCUUUGUCCACCUGCAAAAUGUUAGAAGUGCUUGAUCUUGGAAACAAUCAGAUAAAUGAUAGUUUCCCUCCGUGGCUGGAAACUCUUCCAAAGCUACACGUCUUGGUGUUGAGAUCCAAUAGGUUCCAUGGUUUCAUAGGUGAACCUGAAGGGAUAUCUCCUUUUUCUAGUUUGCGAAUCAUUGAUCUCUCACACAAUGAUUUCACUGGCAACCUGCCAACAAAAUAUUUUGCACAUUUUCAAGCUAUGAUGAAGGUGGAUGAGGUUAAGGAGGAUGUAAAGUAUAUGGGGGAACUAUACUAUCAUGAUUCUGUGGUUUUGACGAUGAAAGGAAAUGAAUUUUCACUGGUGAGAAUCCUAAACAUUUUCACAACAAUAGACUUAUCAAGCAACCGAUUCGAGGGACAAAUCCCAGAAUUAAUUGGGAAUCUUGGUUCACUCCUAAUGCUUAACUUCUCACAUAACAGCCUAACAGGUCAAAUUCCAUCGUCACUAGGGAAUCUGAUAAAUCUGGAGUCACUAGAUUUAUCAUCAAACAAGCUUGAUGGGGGAAUUCCUGAUCAGUUGACAAGUCUCACGUUCCUUGAAGCAAUGAACCUGUCAUAUAACCAGCUUGCAGGACCCAUUCCUCAUGGCAAACAGUUCAGCACAUUUGAUAAUGAUUCGUUUAUUGGAAACUUGGGGUUGUGCGGAUUACCAUUAUCUGAGAAAUGCAGCAGUGAGCUAGCACCACAACCACCUCCACCAUCAUCAAUAUCCUAUGACAACAAAGAUUCUGCAAGCAUAUUUGACUGGAAAUUUGCUAUGAUGGGCUUUGGAUGUGGAUUGGUGUUUGGACUGUCUAUGGGAUACAUUGUAUUCGCAACAGGAAAACCACAAUGGCUAGUGGGAAUGGCUGAGAAAGGACAGCGAAAAAGGUUAACCAGACGAAAUCAAAGACUUGUUAGAAGAAGAAAUUAAUAGAACAAGCAGUACUGUAAGGUAGGCGGAUGAAGAAGUGCUUGGAUGACGAAAAUUUUCUGACAAUAUAGAACAUCAAGUAUAGUGUAUUUUCAAUGUGAACUUUCAUGUGGAACAAAGAACUAUAAUUCAUGAAGCAUAGAUGUAUGUCUGUUUUGUUAAAUUGAAGUUCUUUCUGUCAACUUAGGCUAGCUCAGUGCCUUAGGUGAUUUAUUAAGGGCGGAGAUUUGGAUCAAGAAUUUACGUUUGAGUCAUGAUGCUCUCAAUUUAAACAUAUAAAAAAUAUUUGGUAUUUCCAUUUCAUUAUA